UGGCGUCCCUGAAAAAACCGUCUUUCUUUUAUUUUAUACGUCGCGAAUUUUCGAAUGACUUUUCGAGCGCGAAGUCCAUCAAGUCUGUAAUGACAACCGGAUACUCUGAAAAUAUACCGAUUGCUUGACAUAUUUUUUUGUCUGUCUUGAUUACCAUUGUUUUUUAAAAUGGUUAAUUGCCUAUGAUACUCCGAACGACCGACAUUGUAAUCGGCGUGUUUAAAAACGUUGCCUCGUGACAUACGCUCAGCAAAAUGCCAGUAGAUCAGAUUCAGUAUUCAGAAAAAUACAAUGAUGACAAAUAUGAGUACAGACACGUUAUUCUACCAGCUGAUUUAGCCAAGCAUGUACCCAAAUCUCAUCUGAUGACUGAAACUGAAUGGCGUAACUUGGGAGUUCAGCAGAGCCCAGGAUGGGUUCACUACAUGAUGCAUGGACCAGAACCACACGUUUUGUUAUUCCGCAGACCAAAGACUGAUGUCCCAGUCCGAAAUGGUUCAGUCCAGCAAAACCAAAACGUUUAUUGCAAUUAAGUUUUGUUACAAAUAACUGCUUUGUUAAAAACAGUACCUACCUUCUGAUGUAUAUUGUUUAACAUACAUAUGACAGCAUUUUGCAUUGGUUGCAAACUUACAGAUUUGGCAAGCUAAUAUGAUGAGAUUGUUACUUGUUUACGUAUAACUCUAAGAUACUACUAAUAAUAAGAUAACAUUGUACAAUAUUUUUCAUGUAAGGUAUGGCUCAAGCUGCAUUGACAAACUUCAAAUAGUAAUUAAUUUAGUAUCACUCGCUCGUCCAUAUAAUCUACAUAAAAGCUAGUUUUAUGUGACAUGGUAUGAUAUUUCUUUAAUUGUCAAAGCUUGUCAAUGCAGAAUCCUCCGUCAUGUGGGUGAAGGAAUAAAAAAUAAAUUAUUUUUGCAUCA